AUGGAAUCAUGCUGGCCAAACCGUCCCAUUCAGUCCCUAACCGCCAUAUUCUUGGCUUGGAAGAGCUUCCUUGUUGCUAUCGCGCUCGGAACCGCAGUAGCGCGAGACUAUGACACUUCCACAGGCCUCUUUUUCGACCGAAUGUACGGAGCUAAUGCCACGGUCCCGACGCUUGCAGCCAAACUGACAAGAUGGGACGCCUUGUACUUUAUGCAUUCCACCAUCAAGGGCUACGUCUACGAGCAAGAAUGGGCUUUUGGGAUCGGUCUUCCGGCUACGGUCGGGGCGCUGGCACGAACACUCGCAGGCUUCACUCGCCCAAGUCAUGCUGUCGAGCCGAUGGUGGCCAUUGCCAUUGCCCAUGCGUCUCAUUUCGUUGCCGUGCUGGCACUGCACCGUCUCACCAUGAUGCUCUCCUGCAAUGCCAGACUCGCAUUUAUCGCAUCCGCACUGCACAUAUUUUCGCCAGCCGGUCUGUUCCUCUCGGCCCCGUACAACGAGAGCCCCUUUGCGUGUCUCUCCUUUGUGGGCAACCUGCUCUUCGCCAUGGGACUCGGAACCCAGCCGACAUUGAGAGGGGAGGCGGCAAUCGUUGCGGCUGGCACCUCGAUUGGUCUGGCCACUACGUUCCGGAGCAAUGGCCUGACGAGCGGGCUCUUGUUUGCUGGUGAGGCGCUCCGCCGUGUCGUUGCUUUGAUCAACUCACCCUCGCCCAGUCGCCUGCUAUCCUUGGCUACUCCUGUUCUAGGUGGUCUUUGUGUAGCCUCUGGCUCGGUGGUACCACAAGUCUUGGCGUGGGUGAGAUACUGCCAGUCUUCUGAUGUCUCUCGGCCGUGGUGCGACACGACGUUUCCCAGCAUCUAUACCUUUGUGCAGGACCAUUACUGGAACGUAGGCUUCAUGAGGUACUGGACCUUGAACCAAGUUCCCUUGUUCCUCCUCGCUGGCCCGAUGCUUGCAAUCUUGAUCAAGUCUGGAGUGGAACUUUGCCGACAACCACAACAACUCACUUUAGGUGCGGAAAAUGACACCAAGUCAAAAUUGAAUGUGUUUGUGCGUGCUCUAGCCAUCAGCCAGACUGUCAUUGCCGCCUUGGCCAUCACAACAUACCACGUUCAGAUUAUCACGCGGAUUUCGUCAGGGUAUCCUGUGUGGUACUGGUGGGUAGCCAGUUGCCUGAUGGAUCAUAAAAGGCAGCGCGUUGGAACCGCCAUUGUUAUGUUCAUGGUCAUGUAUGGGGGGAUCCAGGCCGCACUAUUUGCCUCGUUUCUACCGCCAGCCUAG